GCUGGCGCGCUGUGUCUGCCCUACAUAACCGGAAUAUUUCUCUGACAGACAUAGCGGAUCAGCUGGAGGAACUGGUCAAGGUCACCGGCGGCGUCAUUGGCGGACUUGUGACCGGCGCGGGAGGGGUUAAUGUCGCCAGAGGUGACAAUCCCCAACUUAGUGUCUGAAGGUGACACACAAGGACAUUGUAUGCGGAGUGCGGGAGAGAGGGCUGCCGCUUUUAUUACAACUCUCCGUAUGAGGUGAUAUCAUUGUUGUAAGCGCAGCGUUUGACUCUCCACCUGGGUGUCAGUGACUCCACCGCCGCCAAAAAGAGCCGCAUUGCUUGCCUGCCUUCAUGUGCAUCUCCCUAACUCCUCUAUAUCAUGUCUUCUCGUGACAGACGUCCCGACCUGUGUAUUAAAGCAGAGCCAGGGACCCCAGAGAGCAUCGGCCGUAGAAGUCCAAGCGGCUCCAGCGACAGCAGCGGUCAUGGACCCGAUACACAGGGCCCUCGUUGUUGUCGAGGAGACGAUGAACAGGAAGACACUGCUGGGAGGGGAAAAUAUGUUCUAAAUUCUAUCCCUAAGAGGCUGUGUCUUGUGUGUGGUGAUGUGGCCUCAGGAUACCACUAUGGUGUGGCUUCAUGUGAAGCUUGCAAAGCUUUCUUCAAACGUACAAUACAAGGAAAUAUUGAAUACAGCUGCCCAGCCACUAAUGAGUGUGAAAUUACUAAGCGAAGACGGAAGGCAUGCCAGGCUUGUCGUUUUACCAAGUGCCUUCGUGUGGGCAUGCUUAAGGAAGGUGUGCGAUUGGACCGCGUCAGAGGUGGCCGGCAGAAAUACAAGAGACGACCAGAAGGAGACAUUCUGCAGUAUACCCCGGGGGGACAGUCCCAUCAAAGUUCAACAACAGGAGUCAAAAAACAAGCUCCAGUCAACACCGUAGUCUCUCACCUCCUGGUAGCAGAGCCAGAUAAGCUGUUUGCAAUGCCAGAUCCAGCACUUCCUGAUGGCUACCUGAAAUCUAUGAGCACUUUAUGUGACCUUGCAGACCGAGAGAUUGUCAUUAUCAUCAGCUGGGCCAAGAACAUCCCAGGUUUUUCCUCGCUGUCCUUAUCGGACCAGAUGAGUCUCUUGCAGAGUGUCUGGAUGGAGGUUCUCCUCCUUGGGGUGGUAUUUCGUUCCCUUCCUUACGAAGAUGAAGUUGUGUUUGCAGAGGAUUUUGUUCUAGAUGAGGAAUCGUCUCGCUCUGCCCGUCUCUCAGACCUCUGUUCCUGUGUUCUUCAUUUGGUGCGCAAGUAUCGUGCGUUGCGUGUGGAAAGAGAGGAAUAUGUUAUGUUGAAGGCCCUCACACUUACAAACUCUGACUCUGUGCACAUUGAAGAUCCGGAAGCUGUUCUGCGUCUCCGCGAUGCCCUACAAGAGGCACUUAGCGAGUACGAAUCGAAUCGUCACCCUGAGGAACCCUGUCGUGAUGGAAAACUGCUGCUCACACUCCCCUUACUGCGCCAAACGGCAGGACGUGUCCUUCAGCACUUCCACGCCCUGCGGGAGGAGGGGACCGUCCCUAUGCACAAGCUUUUCCUGGAGAUGUUGGAGGCCAUGAUGGACUAAAAAUGGAGGCAUUCUAACGGCAGGAAUCUCUUAACUACGUGCAAAGGAAGACGAUUUAAUGAAUGUAUGGGGGUCAGACAUUUAAGGGUUUCUUGUGCACAAAUACUUCUUGGAAUUCCUUAUAGAAUAACAAGGAAGAUACCACAAGACUGGUACAGACAUAUGAAGCAAAAUGCAUAGUUAUUGGAUGCACAGCUCAGAAGAUAUAAGCCAUGGGACAGUGACUGAUGGGAAACAGUGUCUUCCCUGGAGCCUAUGUAACAAAUCAGUGUUUUUUGUUUUAUUCCUAUUUAAUUAAGCAAUGUGUUUAAUAUCCCAUUAUGGGGUAUUGAGAACAGCAAAAAGACCCGGAAGUCCUUCAAUCCUUAAAUGAACACUUGAGCCAUAUGCUGCUCCUUGUAAGCAAUAGGGCACAUCGUAUAACUGCUGAAAGUAAGUUAUUGGUUUGUGUCCCUCAUCUUCUCUUACUGUAUUUUAUUGUGUAUGACUACAUGCCAGUUACUUGUUUUUAUUUUUUAGUGAAAAUAUGCCUAAAUCAUCUUAUUUAGUGACAAUCUAUGUGUUCAAUGUCUUGAAAAUGAUUACUUUAGGAUGUAUGGUACUGGUUUAGGAACAAAACAUAUGUUGUUCCUGAACAAGAGCAUUUUUAAAUACUUGAGUUGAUAUAAAUUUUAAGAACACUAUUGAUUUGAAA